AUGAGUGACAAAGCGUCUUCGCAUGGCAGCGAGUAUGUCGCCGUUGGAAACGCCGACGAUGUGUCUGUGAUAUACGGCAUCGAGCAAGGCGCCGAGUACAUCGACUCAGACUACACUGAUGACACCCAGAGCCUCACGUCGAGCAUACGCCAACACAUCGUGGACGGAGGUCUGCGAUAUCACGCCUACCACGCUGGACAGUACGCGUUUCCCAACGAUGAGAUGGAGCAGCACCGCGAUGACCUCAAGCACGACCUCACCUUGCACCUGUGUGACGGAAAGUAUUUCCUGGCACCUAUUGAAGAGAUCCUCGACGAGGGAGCCCAAGUGCUCGAUCUGGGAACGGGCAAUGGAAAAUGGUGCAUAGAACUGGCGGAUAUUUACCCGAAUACUACAUUUCAGGGAAUGGACCUCUCCCCCAUACAGCCCGACUGGGUGCCGCAAAACGUGUCCUUUGUCGUCGACGACAUUGAGCACGUAGCAGGCUGGACGUACGACGACAACAUGUUUGAUUACAUUCACGUACGGCACAUUGUCCAUUCCAUCCGAGACCGCAAAGAGCUCUGGGAGCGAAUAUACAAACACCUAAAGCCCGGCGGCUACGUCGAGGUGCAAGAGUUUGAAUACGUUGCCGCCUGCGACGACUCGUCCUGCGACGGGCCCUACCCGUGGCGCGACUUCCUCGACAACCUGCGCAAGGGCCUGCAGGCGCUCGGCGGCUCGGACCUGCUGGGCAUCCGGCGCGUCGACGAGGAGCUCGCGGCCGCGGGCUUCGAGGCGCUCGCGUACAAGCACAAAAAGUGUCCCAACGGGCCGUGGGCGAGGAGGCGCCGGCUGCAGGAGUGCGGGCACAUUCUGAGGGACGUCUGCAUGGAGGGGCUCGUAGGGCUCGCGCGGCGGCCGUUUCGUGACGGCCUCGAGUGGACGCCCACGCAGACCGAGGUGUUCCUCGUCGACGUGCGCAAGUCGCUCAUGGCGGCCGGGGAGAAUGGUCUGCCCAAGUUUCACUCGUACUUUCCGUUUCACAACCUGCACGCGCGCAAGCCGUUGGAUGCGUGA